AUGUACUACACGGAAGCAAAAGUGGAAGACCACGCGGAAGUGGAAGUGGAAGACCACAUGGAAAUGGAAGACCAUGCAGAAGUGGAAGUGGAAGACCACGUGGAAGACCAUGAAUUUCUCAUGCUGAAACUUCACGUCAACAAAAUAAGAAAACUGGAUACUAUAGAUCAGUAUGUUGAAAGCGAUACUUUAUUAGAUAAUGAUGAAAUCAGUGAAAUCAUUACUAAGUUACCUGAUGAGAGCCUGUAUGCACCUGAGACGGCUCAGGCUGUAGCAACAUAUGUACAAGUAGUUGACGAACCCAUUGCUACAGAAGAAAUAUUUAACGAUGAAGAAAUCAUUGCUACAAUUCAAGCCAAGGAAAAUGAGAAAGGAUCAACUGAACAGGAAAUUGAAGAUGAGGAUGAGUUGCCUGAACCCCCCGUAACAGCUGCUGAAGUAUAUAAUGCGAUGCAAACCGUUAUUCGUUAUGAAGAACAAGAAAAUUCAGAGUCAAAUAUUACACUGGAAGGAUUAGGAUUUUUAAGAAAAUUGCUCAAAAAAUAUAAAC